CUGAUAUCAAAAAGGGUAACCCAGUUCAAGUUUUUGCGUUUCUUAAAUAUAAACAUCAAAAUCCAUGGCUGCUGGAGGUUCCAAAUCAACAGCCACCAUUCUCCUAAUCCUCAAUCUUAUUUUAUAUUUUGUCGUAACUGUGAUUGCUUCAUGGGCUAUAAAUCAUGGGAUUGAAAGAACUCAUGAGACAGCAUCUGUUUUGUCAAUUCCAGCUCGCAUAUUUCCAAUUUACUUCCCAGUGGGAAAUAUGGCGACCGGUUUCUUUGUCAUUUUAGCACUCCUUGCUGGUGUUGUGGGCAUGGGCACCUCACUUACUGGCCUCAAUAAUGUUUCUCAAUGGAAUGAACCCAACCUAUUUGCAGCAGCUGACUCUUCUCUUGUAACUUUGUCACUCACUAUAUUUGCCAUGGGAUUGGCAUGCAAAGAGAUUCAACAUGGAUGGACAGAUUCAUACCUGAGGACUCUAGAAGUCAUCACCAUAGUUGUGAGUGCAACACAACUGUUCUACACGGUUGCUAUCCAUGCUGGGGUUGGAAGUGUUUCAAGACCAAGACACUAUGGUGGAAGAGUUUAAGCUACAGUGCUUAUGUGUUGAUUCUUUUUAUAAAAGUGUAUAUCCAUGAUGAUUGUGGAAUAGUAUUGUGAGUGAUUUUCUUUUUAUAUGUUUCUUUCUCUUUUUGGGUGAGGAUUUCAAGUGCUGGUUGUAAAGUCCAUUGUGUUGAUCUUAAUUAUACAAUGUAAAGUGUGUGAUUUUAUUUCAUCCUGACAAAUAAAUCAAGGCUUUUCCUGUA